AUUGUUCUCCUCUCGUUGCUACUCAGUUUGGUAGUUACCGCAGUAUUAUUUUAUUUAACGACGGGUUUAGCAGAACUAAGCGGUUUUCACUGCAUGAUGCGACACUCGAUGAGAAUGAAUCGACGGAUUCAUGGACCGCCACAAAUAACUGCACCUCCUUUUCAGUUCCAAGUUCUGGAUGACAAAGGUCGCGAGGUUCGCUUUUAUGAACCUGGCAAAGUCUACACAAUCCGACUGGUUGGUUUUGUUCAUUUACGAGGGCUUCUUCUGCAAAGUCGUUUAACAAAUGAGAAUGGCUUUCUAUUGGGUUCGCUGAAAGGUGGACGCUUUAUUGAGAAUCGAAACUGGGUGAACUAUGGUGUUCGUUUACAAGAAUGUGACAUGAAAACGUCAACUGCAGAUUCGGUUACACAUUCCGAUGAUAGCCGGAAAUUUUUAAUUCAAGUUCAGUGGACAACCGAGAAAGACAUUGGAGCAGUACAAUUCAUUUGUGAGAAUGGUGGUGUAUGCAGCUCGGACCACAAAGAUCCAGAAAAAUUCUCUUGUACUUGCAAGAAAGGAUGGACGGGGAGGAAGUGUGAAAGUAAAAUAAUUUUUAUAGAAAUUGACGAAUGCAGUUUCAAACGUUGUAUGAAUAGCGAAAAAUGUAUCGACAAAUGGAAUGAUUAUAAAUGUAUAUGUUUGCCAGGAUGGAUGGGAAAAAACUGCGAUCGACCGUGCCAAGAUAUCUACCGAAGUUGCAACUUCUGGAAACGUCAUGGUCAAUGUGAGCUCAUGCGUUCUCACACGGAUCUGUUUGAUCUUAACUGUGCAGUGUCCUGUAAUCAAUGCACUUAUUUGAACUCCACAAGCACAAAAAACCGCUCCGUAGAUUAUACUACAGAUUUUAAUAGCAGUGGCUAUGUAGAAAUCCUGCAGAUAACCGUUGCUGAUUCAUUUCAUUUCCUUAGCAUGUAUAAUUCCAUUAUCUAG